AUGAGUUUUCGUGAAGCUGUGAAGCUCGUUAAGGAGAAACUGGGUAUCAAAGAAGAUGUGGGCGUAACACUUACUUUCCAGUGGCCGUCAUUCAUGCUGAUGGACGACGGCCGCGACGCACCACCUGUGCUGAUGUCUUCGGAUGAUGAAGUGUCUCUUUUUGUGGAAAUGAGAUCGGAAAUCGACCAGCUGAAUCUGUGCGUCACCACAGAUGACAAUACAGACGAUGUUGUGAGGGUUCUUGGAAGAAAUGAAGAAGCUUUGGUUGUCUACGGCAUGACGGAGGAGGAUGGCGCGGCCGGUGACGGUAAGCAGACUAUAAUAGCUACUUAUGGAAUAGAGCCGGACUUUGUGAAGGAUGAUGAUUUCCCCGGUGAAGGUAUCCAUGAAAAUGUGGAUGAUGCUGGUGAGGUACUCGUCGAGGACAACAAUGAAGCUGCGAGGGCUCGAGAUAAAAGGAAGGCUAAGGUGCCGGAUGGUGAACCUGGUUAUGUACCGGCCAGUCAAGGCUUGGAAAAAGGAGAGUGUAGCCGCCCUUCAGGCAGGUACAGUUGCGCAGAAGAAACUAUUAAUGGUGUUUUCUCUGAGACGGAAGAGGUGCCAGCUAUGUUUGGAAGGGAUGCUCCGCCGGUAGUGGAUGAUGUUUCUGAUGAUGGGAUAGACAGUGCUUUGAGAGACAUGCGAUACGAAGGCGAUAGAAUUUUUGUUGGGAGAAUUUUCAGAAACAAAGUGGAGUGUAAAAUUAAGUUGGCUAUUCACGCCAUCAAUAAGAAAUUCCACUUCAGGACCCCGCGUUCAACACCAAACUACAUGGAGUUUCUUUGCAUCAAUCCGACAUGUCCUUGGCGGAUAUACGCUUCCCUCAUGGAUGCCACUGGGAACUUCCAAAUUAAGAAGGCGAAGUUGAAGCACACAUGCCCCAUUGAAGACCGUCGGAAAUAUCACAAACAAGCGACAACACAAGUGAUUGGUGAGCUGAUCCAGACACGAUUUGUCGUGGGAGAGAAAGGCCCCAGCCCAAUCGAAAUCCAGCGAAUCAUGCUUCAGGAGUUCCAGGUCAACAUUUCAUAUUGGAAGGCAUGGAGAUGCAGGGAACUUGCAUUGGAGAAAGCAUUUGGAUCGGUCUCUGGAAGUUUUGCAUUGCUCCCUUCUUAUUUGGAGAACCUACAGAACUCUAACCCUGGGACAGUUUGCAAAACUGAGUUCGGAGUGGACAAAAAUGGUUGUCAAAGAUUCAAGUACCUAUUCAUAUCGUUUUCUGCAUCAAUUGCUGGACUCCCAUACCUAAGGCCAGUGGUGAUUAUUGAUGGGACUCAUCUAGUUGGCAGAUAUGGGGGCUGUCUCAUAUGUGCUAGUGCUCAAGAUGGAAACUUUCAGAUCUAUCCAAUUGCAUAUGCAGUUGUGGACAGCGAGAAUGAUGCAUCUUAUGAAUGGUUUUUCAAUUGCUUGAAAACUAUCAUUCCCAAUGAUCAUGAUGUGUACCCUGCUGCCGGUCAUGGGGCGUGUCUUGUUCACUUAGCAAGGAACAUAACUGCACGGUUUAAAGAAAGUCGGCUACCUGGUCUGAUGGUCAGAGCUGCUAAAGCAUAUACCGUGUACGAGUUUCAACAGAUAUUUGCAGAUCUCCAAAGCGUAAGUCCUGGCUGUGCGAAGGAAUUUCCAUUAAUCUCAAUGCUUGAGGCCAUACGGAUGAGUCUAAUCAGCUGGUUUGUAAGGAGAAAAGCUGCAUCCGCCGUAGAGCAACAUUCUAUCAAUCAUAAAGUCCGUGACAUGUUGGACGAUAACUUCUAUGAUUCCACCGAGUUAAAGGUGGUUGUGGUCGGAGAGGAUGAGUACGAAGUUUACAACAGACAGGGGGAAAGGUUCGAAGUGAACCUUGUUUUAAAGUCGUGCAGCUGCAGGGAAUUUCAAAUGCUUCUCAUACCAUGCCGUCAUGCAAAGGCAGCUUCUUCGUGCAGCAAAACUGAGUUAGAUAAGCUCGUGGGGGAGGUGUACACCACAAGGUACUGA